UCGCAUACGUCAGAGGGAGGCGAACAGGUGCAUUGUGGGAAGCGACCUGUGACGCUGUCUGUUUAUCUCCUGGCGUUUAACGCCGCUCUUCUCUCUCCGUCAGAGAUAUAAUGUGAGACGUAGCCGACGUUAAUUCCGGCAGCGAUUCGAGAGACACCCCAGACACCCCACCACCCAGGACGGAGGGAAACAUGGAGGCUGGUGAAGGUGUCAGCGGUUCCACGCCCACAGAGGAGCCCAACGGCGCUGGAAACCUCAUGGACUUCCUGGACGAGCCUUUUCCCGACGUGGGCACGUACGAAGACUUCCACACCAUCGACUGGCUGAGGGAGAAGUCCCGAGACACGGACCGCCACCGCAAGAUCACCAGUAAGAGCAGAGAGUCCCUGUGGGAGCUGAUCAAGAGCCUGCUGGACGCCUGGUCGGGAUGGGUGGUGAUGCUGCUCAUCGGACUGCUCUCAGGCACGCUGGCCGGCGUCAUCGACCUGGCGGUGGACUGGAUGACGGACCUGAAGGAAGGCGUGUGUCUGACGGCCUUCUGGUACAGCCACGAGCAAUGCUGCUGGACGUCCAACGAGACCACCUUCGACGACCGGGACAAGUGUCCUCAGUGGCAGAAAUGGGCCGAGCUGAUGACGGGCAGCGCCGAGGGCGCCGGAGCGUACGUGUUGAACUACUUGCUCUACGUGAUGUGGGCGCUGCUGUUCUCCUUCCUGGCGGUGUCCCUGGUGCGAGUGUUCGCUCCGUACGCCUGCGGUUCUGGUAUCCCGGAGAUCAAGACCAUCCUCAGCGGCUUCAUCAUCCGGGGCUACUUGGGCAAAUGGACGCUGCUGAUCAAGACGGUCACCCUGGUUCUGGCCGUGUCGUCGGGUCUCAGCCUGGGGAAGGAGGGCCCUCUGGUCCACGUGGCGUGCUGCUGUGGAAACCUCUUCUGCAGCCUCUUCUCCAAGUACAGCAAGAACGAGGGCAAGCGGCGAGAGGUGUUAUCAGCCGCAGCAGCGGCCGGCGUGUCGGUGGCCUUUGGCGCGCCGAUCGGAGGAGUUCUGUUCAGCCUGGAGGAGGUCAGCUACUACUUCCCCCUCAAGACUCUGUGGCGGUCCUUCUUCGCCGCGCUGGUCGCCGCCUUCACGCUGCGCGCCAUCAACCCGUUCGGCAACAGCCGCCUGGUGCUCUUCUACGUGGAGUACCACACGCCGUGGUACAUGGCCGAGCUGGUGCCCUUCAUCCUGCUCGGCGUGUUCGGGGGCCUCUGGGGGACCCUCUUCAUCCGGGCCAACAUCGCCUGGUGCCGCCGGAGGAAGACCACCCUGCUGGGGAAGUACCCGGUCCUGGAGGUCAUCGCCGUGACGGGCAUCACCGCCGUGCUGGCGUUCCCCAACCCGUACACGCGGCGCAGCACCAGCGAGCUCAUCUCGGAGCUCUUCAACGACUGCGGCGCGCUGGAGUCGUCUCAGCUGUGCGACUACGUCAACAACCCCAACAUGAGUCGGCCCGUGGACGACAUACCGGACCGGCCGGCCGGGCCCGGGGUCUACAACGCCCUGUGGCAGCUCGCCCUGGCGCUCGUCUUUAAGAUCGUCAUCACCAUCUUCACCUUCGGCAUGAAGAUCCCGUCGGGUCUCUUCAUCCCCAGCAUGGCGGUCGGCGCCAUCGCGGGACGCAUCGUGGGCAUCGCCGUGGAGCAGAUGGCGUACCACCACCACGACUGGAUCAUCUUCCGGAACUGGUGCCGGCCCGGCGCCGACUGCGUCACGCCAGGCCUCUACGCCAUGGUGGGCGCCGCCGCCUGCCUGGGCGGAGUCACCAGGAUGACCGUGUCCCUGGUGGUCAUCAUGUUCGAGCUCACCGGCGGCCUGGAGUACAUCGUCCCCCUGAUGGCCGCCGCCGUCACCAGCAAGUGGGUGGCGGACGCCUUCGGGAAGGAAGGCAUCUACGAGUCGCACAUCCAGCUCAACGGGUACCCGUACCUGGACGUCAGGGACGAGUUCACCCACCGCACCCUGGCCACCGACGUGAUGCGGCCCCGCAGGAACGACCCCCCUCUGGCCGUCCUCACGCAGGACUCCAGCACGGUGGAGGACGUGGAGGCGCUGAUCAAAGACACCGACUACAACGGCUUCCCGGUGGUCAUGUCCAGAGAGUCGGAGAGGCUCAUCGGCUUCGUCCAGCGCCGCGACCUCACCGUCGCCAUCAAAACCGCCCGCCAGAAGCAGGACGGCGUGGUGAGCAGCUCGGUGGUCUACUUCACCGAGGACGCGCCGCAGCUGCCGCCCACCAACCCGCAGCCCCUGAAGCUGCGGCGCAUCCUGAACCUCAGCCCCUUCACCGUCACAGACCACACCCCCAUGGAGACGGUGGUGGACAUCUUCCGCAAGCUGGGCCUCCGCCAGUGUCUGGUCACCAGGAGCGGGCGUCUCCUGGGCAUCAUCACCAAGAAGGACGUCCUGCGCCACAUGGCUCAGAUGAUGAACCAGGACCCGGAGUCCAUCAUGUUCAAUUAGACGAAGGGGGCGUCGCCGCGGUAACGCAGAGUGACUGCUGAUCAGCUGAUGGUUUCAGGUCCUUCGGAGACUGGAGACUAAUCAUCAAUCAACAAGGAGGUCCCCAUUGGAGGUGGUCUCAAACAAUUGAUCCAUUGCUUCAGCUUCCAUGUUGACAAAACCUCUUCUUCAGGGUCCCCUUAUUGAAUGAUGUCAUCCUCAUUCAUCAUUUAGGAACCCUCCAAUCAGCUGUCAGCUGUGAUCAAACGGUACGAAAGAUGAAAGCGACAUUUCACCUUUUGUUUGCUGCCAUUUUUCCUUUUGUUUCCUUGAAGACACAAACUGACACUUUAAGCCGUUAGUUUCGUCUCUUUAGAGUUUUGUGUCCAUGAAAAGGUGUCAAAAGGUUACACCCCCCCCCCUCCCCAGUGCUGAUGUCAGCGCUCCUCACAGAGCAUGUGAGGGUGUUUGAGGCUUCAUCCAAUCAGAAGACCUUCACUACAUUGUUGCACGUUGUUUAUAUUUCCUUGUAGUUGUUGGAGCUGCUGACGCGUCGUCACCCGGACAAUAUGAGGGAAGUCACACUUUAAAGCUGCUGUUUAGUUAUUGAAGAGUCGUGCCACUGUUUCCUGACCCUUUUUAGUUGUUAUUUAUCAGAGAUGUUACUCGGUUAUUUGCACUUUUAUUUUGUUUUUUUAAUUUGUUAAAGAAGUGAUCUAAAAAUAAACCAUAUUAAAUUGUU